CAACCCAAAACAAAGCAACGCCCAGGAGCAUCGGGACCAAGCCAGCUAUUGCUGCUAAGCCCUGUCGUCGGGAAUUGGCUGAUGCUACCCAUCCUGCCCAAGAACCCGUUGAUGAUCAAUCUGGAACAAAACCCCUCAAACGUCAGCCGAUUCCUACUUCUCAGUUUCCUGCCUUUGUCAGCACAAACCGAUACACUUCACUCUUCUCUGACGAAUUCCAUGACCUACCUGAAGCAGACAUCUAUCCACAGACCGUAGCCCAAAAGGAAAUCAACCACAGAAAGAACAGAUAUAAGAAUAUCUUACCUUAUGAUUCUGCAAGGGUGAAGCUGAAAGUCAUCAACGAGGAUCCGAAUUCGGAUUACUUUAACGCCUCUUACAUUCCAAGCUUUGAAAAUGACAAGGCAUACAUCGCAUCACAAGGACCUAACAAUGCGUCUAUGGAUGAUUUGUGGAGGAUGGUCUGGCAAGAGAAAGUGUCUACCAUUGCUAUGGUUACAAAUCUCAAGGAAGGAGAUAAGAUCAAGUGCGCCCAGUACUGGCCUAACAAGCCAGGCGAUUCAAAGAUGUUUGGAAAUGUCAAAGUGGAGUUUGUGUCUCAGAAUCCAUGCACUGGUGGAGUAAAGCGGGAAAUUACAAUGAAAGUGGGUAAAGACAAGAGGACUGUCACUCAGUUUCAUUUCCGGGUGUGGCCAGACAAAGGUGUGCCCAAACACACUUCACUGCUCCUGAAGUUCAUCAAGGAAGUCAAGGCCAAUCAUGGACAGAACCCGCACCCUCUUGUCAUUCAUUGCAGUGCUGGUGUAGGACGAACGGGCGUGGUGAUCAGCAUCGAUAGCAUAGCGGAACACGCCAAGAGGACUAGAAUGGUAGAUGUCUUCAGCUUCGUCACGAAAAUCAGACAGAACCGUCCAUUCAUGGUCCAAACACAGGAACAAUAUGCCUUCAUCUACGGUGCUGUACUGGAAGACCUUCUCUGGAGGAACACGUAUGUUCCUAUCAUUCAUUUCUCUGAUCAUCUAAAAGAUUUGCGUUCUGUUGACGAAGGUGGCAAAUCGAAGAUGACCAUAGAGUUCGAGACUCUGAUGACGCUCUGCCCAGAUCCUCCAGCUUCGCAAACGAGAUCAGGACGAACUCCAGAGAAUCAUCACAAGAAUAGAUACGGCAACAACCUACCACUUCAGAGAAAUCGAGUAAUUUUGGACUCCCCGGAUAAUGACUACAUCAAUGCUAGUUGCAUCAGGGGAGUUCAUUGUACUUUCAUCACGACCCAAAUGCCAAUGCCAAGCACGGUCUCUGAUUUCUGCUGUAUGAUUCUUACCAGGCAACCAUCUACUAUUGUCAUGCUUAACGACAAAGAUCAAGAUGACAAGGUAAGCUGUGCACAAUACUGGUCUGAUGAUGGAAUUGCCGAGUUAGGAUCUUACAAAGUCUCAAUAUUAUCAACAUCUGAGAAUGAUGAUAUGACCAUUCGACAACUGAAGAUUACUAAAAACUCUAAAUUGUGUCACACGGUGACCCAGUACCAGUUCUUGGGCUGGCAAAAACAUGGAUCCAACAAGCAAUCCAGAGCUCUGUCUUUUCUCAAGCUCAUCCGUGCUGUCAAGAGUGCCCUCAAGAAUAAGAGUGAAUUUUCCGUUCUUGUCCAUUGUUUGAGUGGUGUUGGACGUACAGGUGUAUUUUGCAGUGUUAUGGAGUGCAUCGCUCAUAUGGAAGACAGUGAUUCCGUAGAUAUCUUUCAGACUGUCAAGAUCCUGCGAGCUGAUAGAAUGCAGUUCGUUCAAACUGAGGAGGACUAUGCUUUCAUAUAUGACGUCAUCCGUGCGUACCUGCACCAGAAAAACUAUGAGCAGCUCCCUUAUCCGGUGGAAGAUCACACAUACGGCAAUUUGGAUACUGAUGACUACUGCACACCCGACCCGGAAGAGAACCCAUACGAGGUCACCGAUUCGCAAGCAGCGGGCGCCAAUGGACUCGUGUACAGCAAUGUUGAGACUGGGAGGGCCAAGCAGAGCCAGGGACCAGCGCCUCCAAACUCGCAAACUUUGUAUGAGAACUUCGAAUUUGAAUCUUAG